AUGACCUCCACAACACCCCCAGACGUUGCCGCCCACGUCGAAUCUCUGAUCCCAAAGUUCCAGCUAACCCGCCUCCUAAACUCGGAUCAGGCCGGCCGCCGCAUCUCCCUCUACGGAACCAUUGAUUCUAAACCUGCUCUCCUACUCGCUGAGCGUGCCGCCUUCGACACCAAGCCCAGCAUUAUAUCCAACUUUUCCACCUCACUGCGCAACAUUAAGAAUCUCGGUGCAAACGACAUCUACGCCUGGUUCCUCGCAAAUUCCAACCCCAGCGAUGACAACCCGCCUCCGGACUUUAAGUUGAAUCUAAUCUAUCCUUGCACAGAGAAACAUGUGAAAAAGUACGAGCAGCAGCGUCUGAGGGUUGUUACCGAGACGCCCGAGAUUUACCAGAAAUAUGUGAGGCCGUAUAUGCAGGCGCAGCGUGAAAAGGGCGCACUGGAUUGGAUCUUCAAUAUUCUCGAGGGUCGGACUGAGCAAGAAGAUGUCAUGUACCGGGAGUCUGGCGAAGAAGGCUUCUUACUCUUGCCGGAUCUGAACUGGGAUCGCAAGACGAUGGGUAGUCUGCAUCUGCUAGGUCUGGUCGAACGAAGGGACAUCUGGAGCGUAAGGGAUCUUGAACAAAGCAUGACAGAGUGGGUUAAGCAUAUGCGGGAGAAGAUGAUUGAGGCAACUGUCAAGUUGUACCCGGAGAUUGAAAAGGAUGAGCUCAAACUCUACGUGCAUUACCAACCAACGUACUACCACUUUCACAUCCACAUCGUCCAUGUUUCACUUGAAGCUGGCAGUACACAAGCUACCGGAAAGGCCUUGGGUCUGGAGAACAUCAUCUCGCAACUCGAAACCAUGGCUCCUAAAUCGUCCCCGUCGCCAGGUAUGCAAGACGUCAGCUUGACCUAUCACCUUGGCGAGAGGAGUGAUCUAUGGGAGAAGGUGUAUCUGCCGCUGAAGGAAGGACGAGAAGUAAAGGUAGAUGAGUUUUGA